AUGAGAGCGUUUCCAGCUGUAGUAACGACGGAUAGCCACGAUCCAGUUCCAUGCUGUCGGCCACUGCUCGCUAUGAUUUCGUAUCAACGACACUUAAACGCAGCGAUUACUGCUGUCUUCUUCUAUUUAUUCGCUAUUGGGUCAUGCGAGAAUCACAUUCCAUCCCUGAACGAAAUUUCUCGAAUAGAUGAUCCUGUUCUAAAAGAGGUGUUCAAAUCGUCAGGAUUGGAUAAGCAAGGCACUGGCUCGCCGGUUGAAGAGCGGCCGCAACUGCCGGAAUCUGGUCCACCACAAGUGAGGGUCGAACCUUAUUAUGGUGAGAUCCCAAUCGAGCACAACAACAAUCAACAACCUCUCGGUGUCGUUCCUCCACGUCGACAACGGCCCGAUGCCGUUGGCAUGGCAGUUCAAACCGGAGCUAAUGCCUUUGCAUCCGGUGCUGAUGCCCUGUACAGGGGAGGAACCAGUGUUGCACGAGCGUUCGGCUUCAAUCCUCAAGCCUACGAAGCUCCAUUGUUCAGCGCCGCCACUCAGCUUUUGGGGAAGAAGUGA